AUGAGAGAGAAAUUGGCUUCUCUCUCUAACUCUCUUGGCUCUAUCUCUUCGGCUCAUCUCUCUCCCUCGUGUACCUCUCUCUCUUUGACGCAAUCGUCUUUCUCCCUCAGCGGUGGCUGUUCAUCCAAGCGUAACUCCACCGUUGACAUCCACGAGAGAAAUCCCGAAACAUCCUACAAAUCGUUGUGUACUCACUUGUCCAAAGUUUUCAGCUUGUAUGACGUCAGGCGUUCUCAUAAUGAUCUGCUGGAUCACAUUCUGUUGAUACGUGAUUCUGUUGAACGGGAUGAUACCUUAGCAAGGUCCAAGUUUUUGGUGAAUUUUCUUGGAGAGAAGCCCGCCAAAGAGGCACUAUCUGAUGAGGUCAUAUCCUCCAGCUUAUCUCUUUCCCUUCCUUGGGCAUUCAAGCAAUUAGUUCGUAUAAUUUUGAUGGAAAACCCCUUUUGCUCUAAUGCGUUGGAAGGAGGGCCUAAGGAUGGGAAAACAUUGGAGAAUGAGUUGGAGGUUGUUAAGGGAAUGAAGCUAGACAGGGGCUACAUAUCCCCUUAUUUUCAUCACCAGAACAAUCAGAAAUGUGAAUUGGAAAAUCCUCUAAUCAUAAUCCAUGAGAAGAAAAUCUCAAGUAUUAAUGAUGUGGUUAAGUAUUGGUUGGAGUUUGGUUUUGCAGGUUGCAUUUCUCGGAUAUGUAGAUACUUGUUGUUGCUGAUAUUGCUACGCGGGAGGAGAAUGAAACAGCUUGGAAAUGUGCAGAAAGAGAGAGCUAACUCAUACCCGCAGAACACAAUUGAUGAAGUUAGAUCAAAUUAG